AUGAGAGAGAGGAAUGCUGCAAGAAUGAAGAUGGAAGAAGGACUCACAGGAAACAUAGGACUUCCCCUGAAUCUGAUUGAAAAACAUGAGCCCUGGCCGGCCUAUGUCACGUAUACCUCCCCGACAGUGCAAAGGCUCAUUGAGAGAAGCAAAAUGAGAGAAAUGGAAUGUGUGCGAGCUCUUGAGGAAAGCCGUCGGAAGCAGAACAGGCAGCACAAGCUUUCCAGCAUCAUUCAGCUGAAAAGGAGGAAGUCGCCCAAGUCGUCUGGUGAUGCUCUGUACAGGGACACACUGUCACAAGCCACGUUAUCAAUGUGGAGCUCUUAUUCUAUAGCAGCCGUAAGUCCUACCAUGAUGCCAGAGCCCACCCACAUACAAACAGAAGCCAGAGAUGGUCCCACUGCAAACUAUAACAAGAUCAUCUUCUCCCAAAAGCCCAAGAAGAGGACGCUUCAGUAUAACUCACCAGCAGCCAGCAAGGAGAAGCAUGAAGUGUUUAGCAAGGGGUCCCUGCAGCCGUCCCCCAGGAAUGUGCCAGCACAUUAG